CCGAGCGCUCCGAGCCGCCGCUGCGCUCCGGGCUCAACUCCACCCGGCGCGCCGCAGCCACACAAAGAGGCUCCGGGGCCGCCCGGGGGAGCGAGGGCGCGGCGAGAAGGGGUCGGAGGAGCCGUGGCCCCGGUCGCCGCUCUCUCUCUCGCUCGCUCGCUCGCUCGCUCGCAGGCAGGAUGCGCGAUGCCGAGGACCUGACACUUCUGGGAAACUCUUGGAAAUGGCUCCCGCCGCGGCCACCGCGGGGGAUGCGAAGCCGGGGCGAGCGCUCGCCCCCGCGGGGCUGCUGAGCAGCCGCGCGGACCAAGGGCCCCGAGGCGCCGUCCCUGCGUUCCGCCCGCAGCUAGGGCUGGAAAAGUUUCUCCAUGCGGCCUUUGUGACGCCCCCCAGCGCCCCAGCUCCGGCCCGAGAGCCGCCCAGCCUCGCCGGCUGGAGGACGCGGUGGAGUAGCUAGUGGGCAGCUGGCACCCCCCCUGCAGGAGCCUCCGACGCCCCUGGGACUAGCCCCGCGCCCCGCUGGCUCGCCAUGAUCGCCACCGGUGGCCUGCUGAGGAUUUCCGCCCGAAAGCAGGACCCUCUACGCCCCCAGAGCCAGGCCCCCAAGCGCAAGCGGAAAGCCAAGAAGAGGCGCAAGAACGACGUGGUGGUGGUGAAAGGCAAGCUGAAACUGUGCUCCAUCUCGGGGCUCAUCGCCCUCUGCGGGAUCCUGGUGCUGCUGGUGGGCAUAGCCCUGGCGGUGGUGGGCUACUGGCCCAAAGCCAACGGGGCCCACCGGGAGGGGGGGAAGCAGCUGCCGUCCGCAGGCAACGGCCACCACCACCACCACCACCACCACGUCCCCACCACGACCAGCAGUGGCAGCAAAAACCGAUCUAGGAGCCACUUGGGGAGCCCAGAGGGCAUCAACGCCUCCUCCCUGGGCACCCUCCGAGUCCCACCCCCAGCGAAGGCCUCGCCCCCUUCCUCGACGGCCUCUGCAUCGACGUCUACGUCGGUGGGUUUCUUCGUCCGUAUCUUCUCGGGGUACCUGCACUCCGACAAGCUCAAGGUGUUUGGCCCCCUGAUCAUGGGCAUCGGCAUCUUCCUCUUCAUUUGCGCCAACGCGGUGCUCCACGAAAACCGGGACAAGAAGACCAAGAUCAUCAACCUGCGGGACCUCUAUUCGACUGUCAUCGACGUGCACAGCCUCCGGGCUAAAGACCUGGCCGCCGCGGCCGCCGCUGCAGCCGCCGCGGCCGCCUCCUCUCCGCCCGUCCCCACCCCUGCGCCCCCCGGGGCUCCGCCGCUGAACGGCUUCCUCCACUACGUGCAGGCGCGGGGCUUGGAGUUGCCACCCGGGAGCUGCGGCGGGGCCGGGGCUGCCUUGACGGCCAAAGGCUCCUGGCCCCAUCCCGCGGCGCUGGGCGGGGCCCUCGGCGGGGCUGGCGAUGCCACGUCCCCCCCGGAGCGCUCCUCGUCGCCGCGCUGCCCGCGGGAGCCCCCGAGCCUGGCGGAGGCCGUGUACAGCAUCUACCGUGAGCGCUCGGUGGCGGCGGAGCGUCGCCGGACCGUGGCCGCCAGCAGCAGCAGCAGCCCGGCGCCCUGCAGUCCGGCCGCGAGCACUGCCAGCUCCCUCGUGGGCUCCUCGCUGAGCGCCUUCGCGCUGCUGCCCUUGCCAGGGGACCGUGACGGGGGGGACGUGGAGGGCGCGAGCUGCAGCUGGCAGAGGCCACCACCGAGGGAGCGCGGCUCCCGGGAGAUCCCCCGGGGCGAGUUCGACCUGGACCUGACGGAUCUCCCGGGCGCAGGGGCUGCAGCAGCGCGCUGGGCUCCGGGAGAGCCGGAGGAACCCGAGAGCGCAGCGGAGGCGCACACCGCCAGAGGGCAGGGUGGCCGCUUGCCCAGGACCGGCAGGUACGCGGCCCUGCGGCGGAGCAGCACCAGCGGGAUCCCGGACUACCGGGCACCGGCCUCUCCGGGCCGCCUAGACUCGAACGCCCCCCUGCUGGCCGGCGCCGUCUCGCCCAAGCUCUCCUUGCGGCUGGAGGACGCACCUCCAGCCAGGUGUGACUCGCCGAGCUCUCAGUCCGACGACCCCAGCCGCAGCAAUAAGGGCUACACCCCUCUGCGGGAGGCUGGCACCUCCUUGGAGUCGGUGGUGGCUGUCGUGGCCAGGAAGAGUCUAGACUGCGAAGCCACCGUCGCCCCCGCUGCAGAGCAGGACCCGCAGGGCGAUGCUAGCCAAGAGCCACUCGUGGCCAAGGCAGAGUCACCUCUGGCAGUGCAGAAGCAGUACAAAGAGAAACUCUUCAUGACUUCUUGGCCUCCUGCCACAGGGAUGGAAGACGGGGAACUGGCAAAAGAUGGCAUUUAGGGCAAGAGGGAGCAAAGGAGGAAAGAAAGGAGGGAGAAGGAGAACGCAGGAGAAAUGCCCCUUUGGAAUUGAUGACUUGAAUAGUUCCCUCUGUCCUUUGUGAACUUCUCUGAGGAGAUCCUCCAAUACCCAAAGAGCUGCAGAAUGUUAUCCUUGAAUUGCUUUCACGAGACUCCUGUAGAUAACGCCAAGCAACAAUUUUUUAAAAAGCAAACUAGUAUUUUAUGUCCGAUGGUGAUUGUAUGUUCUUGAAAACCAAAUGUAUUAACGGGUCAGCGAUCUAGUUGAUUAGAUAAAACUCUUAAUUUUCUUAGGAUAAAAAAAUAAUAUAUUUUUGACAGUAACUGUGCACUUUACUGCUUUGUUUUUGUUUGUUUAUCAUCCCUUGUUUCCCCCAAUUCUACUCUGCCUCUGGUUUUGCCAUGGCUGCUCCAGAAUAACAACCCGUACUUGUUUUCUUUUCUCCUGUGCUUUGGGAGAGCAUAGAAGGGGUUGUCUUAGUUCUCCUGAACUGUUUUUACUAAGUGAUGUCAAAGCCAAAAGCAUGAGCGUGUCAUGAAAGAAAACUUCCCUUGUCUGCCCCACUUUUUGCGUAAUUGCCCUAAGGCCUCUUUAUUUUUUAAAAGGGUGUUUACACUUUGCUACUAGGAUAGGGACACAUGAAGGGGCCAGCAUCUAGAAGGACUGUUACUUCUUAAAGUCACUACAUCCAGUACAUGGUACUUUAUUGAGUAUUAUCACACCUGUAUUGAAAAUAGCAUUAAUAUUAAAAAUAUUUUUAAUAAAAGAAGUUUCCAGUUAAACAUAA